AGAUCGGGAGAUUUAUAGACACAAAGUUCCUGUUGAACUUGUCAUACCAAGAAUGUAAUUAGGAAUAAUAAGAGACACCCACAGCAGCCCAGUGAGAGAUAAUGAAUGGGGAGAGACAGCAGGUCCUGUAUAUUUAUAUUUAGAAAUGAGGGUUCAGGUGAGUAAGGCCACACCCACUGACACAGGUGCUGCUCUGAGAGUUUUCUCUAUUCACUCACCCACAGACUCAUAGUGACAGUCUCAUAAAGAUCCUUAUACAGACAGAGACAGACACCUGGCGAGAGACAUCAGCUAUAGAGACUGAUAGUUGGGGAGAGACUCUGGACUUGGGUGUAAAUAACAUGAAUAAUCUCUGACCUGAGACAUUUUAUAAUGAAGAUCCAGAAAAGGCACAUCUACUUUAGACUGACAGCCUAGAGACUGCUUGUACUUGGAGAGACUUCUCUUCAGUGAGACACCCUCUGAGGGGAAGGGAGUGUGGGAGAGACAUGCAUUUAUCAUAGUCCUGAGAGAGCACAUUCUCACCUCCCAUUAGAGAGAGGCAGCUGGUGUCCAUUCUAGGUUGGAAGAAACUCCUUCUGGGAAUGUUCUAAUCUACCCCUUUCCCCGCUAUUGGCACAACCAAAGAAUUGUAAAAUCCAUUUUGCCCAAGGGUAGAUGGAUGAGACUGGUUCUGUUGCCAUGGUAACUAGUAUGAACUCUUCUCUACCAUGUCCUCCACCUUGUCCACCACCUUGCCCACCACCUCCUCCUGCAGGGUUCUCUUUCCCACCGCCACCACCUCCUCCACUGACUAAAUUCCAUGGUCCUCCUCCUCCUCCUCCCCCACCAUCAGGGGAGUUAUCAUUGUCCCCUAAGUCCUCUGGGGGUACAACUCUGCCACGUCCUCCAUCAGCUCCUGAGCGGCUUGGAGACCAUCGUAGAUCCAAAUUGCGCAACUUCAACUGGGAUGCAAUACCUGCUGAGCGUGUGAUGAAGGGACGCAAUCUAUGGACAUCUGGGUCACAACAGCCAAAUCUUCAGAUCGAUGUCUCACACAUGGACGAGCUCUUUGCUCAGAGAGAUGAGCCACGUAAAGCGCGAUUAAGUGCAAGGUUCAGGCCACGACACCAACAGGCUGACCAUGAACCAGAGGUGUCCCUUCUGGAUUCUAAGAAGAUCAUGAACCUGGGAAUAUUCCUGAAGCAAUUCAAGAGGCCGGUACAUGUGAUGAUUGAGGAUAUAAAGAGAGGUGUGGGAUCUAAUUUUGGAGCUGAGAAGUUGAGAGAACUUCUAAAACUACUUCCUGAGAAAGACGAGGUGAAGAGACUAAGAGCUUUCAAAGGGGACCGAAGCAACUUGUCUGAACCAGAACUCUUCAUGAUACUUCUAGUCGAGGUGCCCAGUUGUUCCCAGAGGCUGCAAGUGAUGAUCCUCAAGGAAGAAUUCUUUCCUCAACUGAACUCUAUGAAACAGGCAGUGGAAAUCCAGACGGCAGCAGCCACUGAGCUGGUGGCGUGUGACGAGCUACACACGGUCAUUCAUCUGGUGCUGAAAGCUGGCAAUUAUAUGAAUGCGGGCGGCUAUGCCGGGAGUGCUCUGGGCUUUCGGAUGGGCUCCCUGCUCAAACUGGCCGACACCAAAGCCAACAAACCCGGAGUCAACCUCAUGCACUUUGUUGCAAAGGAAGCCGAGAGGAACAGCCGCUCCCUCCUGACGUUCCCAGACAAGUUGGCGCAUAUCAGCCAAGCGUCCCGUAUCAAUUCACAGGAGAUAGAAAGUGACUUGGAGAACCUGACAAAGAAGUUGAGCAGCACAAGGGAGGCUCUCCGAGAGCAGUCAGACCUCAAGAGUUCCAUGGGACCCUUCCUGAAGCUUGCUGAGGCCGAGCUCCGUGAGGUUCUGAACUCUCUGCAGAAACUGCGAGAUAAGCGCCGGGAACUCAUGGAGUUUUUCUGCGAGGAUGAGUCUGCUUUCAGGAUGGAGGAGAUGUGUUUGGUAUUCAGCACUUUCUGUGCCCGAUUCCUUUCCGCUGUGCAGGAGAACCAGGAGCGAGAGAAGGCAGAACACCGCAAGGAGCGUCUGGAAAAGCGCCGAUCCAUUGCCAGCUGCUCCACCCUUGACAAGGACCUUCAGGAUGUGGAAUUAGAAUUCCUGCUGCUCCGAAUCCCCCGCAGGGGGCGCUCAGUGAGGAAGCCACGGCCACUUCCACGCACCCACUCUAUAGACACCCUCCAUCUCUCCCCAUCCAUUGUGGAAGAACCCGGUGACUACAGAUCCAGAGUCCUCUCUUCAGACAUCAUUACAGAGGAGGAAGACCCCACAGCCACCCCCCGAUCUGAUACCAAGCAAGGACUCAGGCGAAAAGUCAGCUCUGGGGGUGAUGAGCUUCAGGAAACACCAGGCAAGAUUAACCGAAGGCACACACUCUCUUCUAUCCCCUACAGGGGCAGUGACGGGGCACAGAACUCCCAAAAUACUUCUCCCAAUGUACAAUGUAAAAUAAAUUCUGUACCCCCUGAUGAAGCAUCAGAAGUGGCUCCAAUUUCAUCUCCACACACCCCCAAAAAUGCCCCCCUUAUACAUACUCCAAAGUCUUCCCAAAAAGACCAGUCCUCUCCAAAAUCAGAAUCCCCCAACUCUCUCCGCCGGGGGGGCUUUUUCCAAAAGAAGGGGAGCAUACGGAGUCCUGAGCCCUCUCACCAUUCUCUUGGGGAGGAUCCUCAAAAGGGGGGCAGUGAAGCCUCUGCACUUACCACAUUCUUCAGGCGUUUUGACAAUGUUCGUCGUUCUCCCAAAUAAUUGACCAUAGGAGGUUAUUGUACAUCAUGGAGAGCGUGGAGACCCGGUGGGACCAGUGUGCGUCUCGCACGUUCUAGAGACAGUGGGGGGUUUGCAGCACUUGGGUAAUAAAGACAACUGGGGGUUGAGAAGAGUCUUCUAAGUCUAUAAGGCUGAGAGCAAGAAGGGACAGAAGUGCCAGUUGGGCAUGAAGGACACAGUAUUGGAGGAUCACAGGUGGGCACAUAAGUGUAACCCCUCCAGUCAUUGGGAAGUCCUCCUGUUUCUCCUGAUCUCAGAACCAUUGGCAGAUGUUUGUACUGUCUAUGGAACUUCUGACAUUGCCCCUCUUUAUUGUACAGGGGAAGGUCAUGGCCUGGAACUUACAGGGGACAAAUUAAAUAUUGUGUAUUAUUAAUAUUAUUUCUGGGGGUGUUGGAAGGAUUCAAGACAAUGAGUCUGAAUGGAUUUCCCUCACCUGGAGGACGUCUGACUUAAAUGGACCCUAAUGGUACUUCUAUAGAGACAUAAGCACUUUCCUAGGGACCCAAUGGAGGGCAGAAGUUUUAUUUAUAGGGGGAACUGUAUAUAGGGUGGGGCUUUUAUAGAUUCGCUGGUUGCCUUGCUUAUUGGCACCUCAUUCUGUCACCUGGAUAAUGUUACUGAGUGUUUAGCUGAGCUUGGCCAGUCUGUGUAUCUGAGUGUGAGUGUGAGUGUAGGUGGCAGUGCUUCUUGGUGGCAGGUGACUUGCUUAUUUUUAAGACUGAAAAUGAUUAAUGGAACUUGUAAUAAAAGGGAUUUUUGUGGUGA